AUGAUGAUGACGCAGCCGUUUCCUGCCCACCAAGGCAUGCCGCAACAUGGGUUUCCCCCCGGCCACCCAAUGGCCGCGCAACAUCCAAAUGGACACCCGGGCGCUGGAAUGGUGCAGCAAAUGCAUCCAGGUGUGUCUGCGCCGGGAGGACCUCAAGUCAGCCAGGCGGGUCCGAUGAUGGGGGGCAUGCCUCCGGGCGCUGGGACAGCUGGUCCUGGUGGCCCCGGCCCAAACGCCCAUGCCCUCUCCCAUCUGAAUCCCGCGCAGGCGCAUAUGCUUCAGAACCCCCAAUUCCAACAAAAUUUCGCGAACAAUCCCCAUAUAUUACACCAGCAACAGCAACAGCAACAAUUAAUGCGGCAACGCAUGAUGCUUCAACACCAGCAGCAACAACAGCAACAGCAGCAGCAUCAACAGCAGCAACAACAGCAGCAUCAACAACAGCAGCAGCAGCAACAACAGCAACAGCAGCAUGGUCUACCCGUAUCAACACAAGGUCUUAAUGCUGCUCAAAUAGCCGCAAUGCCUAAUGGCACACAAGGACUCAAUGCUGCUCAAAUGGCUGCAAUGCAAGCGAACCAUGGAAUGCGACCCGUCAAUAUGAUACAGCUUCAGCAGCAAAUGCCACAUGGCCAGCCGCCAAGUAUCCAACAGCAACAGCAAUUUUUCGCUAUUCAGCAGGCUCAGCAGCAGGCCCAACAAGCUCAGCAGGCUCAGCAUGCUCAACAGCAGGCAAAUAACGGGCAAUCAGGCCAGCAUACCCCGCAGCGUGCAUCGGCACAACCCCCGAAUAUGCACGAACAGAGUGCCACUCCACAAUCGCAGCAUGGCGGACCGGGAGGCGGCACACCACAACCCUCUCAGACCUCUCAGCCACCAUCCACUCAACCCCCGCAAUCACAGGGCCCGCCUCAAGGCCAGGCAACUCCUAACCCCCCAUCGCAGCAAUUGCCGCAGUCUCAACAGCCAGGCCAACAAGGACAAGUGGGUCCGCAGCCACAACCUCCUCAGGGUGCCCAGGGCCAGCAGCCGGGUCCUCAAAACCCACAGAUGACGGCCCAGGAAGCUCAGAUGAAAGCACAGCAGCACCAGAAUGCUCUUAUGAUGCAUCAGCAGCAACAACAGCAAAGGAAGAACAACGCAAUAUUGACCAUUCAUGCCUAUGCCGAGCAUUUGGGCAACUUCCAACCCCGCAAUGAAGCACAGGAUCUUCUAUAUUGGCAGUCGUUUGUCGAUCGCUUUUAUUCCCCUGUAGGUGUAUUGCGGCAGGGUGUUUGGGACAACGCGAUUGGGUCUAAACAAUUCGAAAUUGCGACCCCUGCACUUGCACGUUAUUAUUUGACCCAAUUCACUAGCGGGAUUAGUCAAAUCCAGAUGGUGGUGGAAGGUGCUCGCGAGCGGGAAUCCCACAAUGGAGGACAUUACGUGGAAGCCCCGAGAUGUUCAUUCAUCUAUUGGUUCAAGAAUGAGUGCCAGCUUUUCACCAAUGGCACGCUGCGCGCGCAUUUCGAUAUGCACAACAAGCUCGAGAUGCUCGACGUCAACGUCGUCAGCCACAAUGAGUACAUUCCGCGGUCUUUGUUAUUGGCUAUGGAGGCGGAUUCCCAAAAGCAAAGUCCAAAGGUUGCGAAGAACUCAAAACGUGCUCAACCUAAACAAGCACUAUCAUUAGUACCAGAAUCAAACGUGACUGCCAAUGGUGUGCCUACCCCAGUGAUGGGAUUCAUGGAAGUGGCUGAAACCAUUUCUACAAUGCAAAUGCUCUUCCAGUUUUCUCAGGCAAAUCCGCAGCUAUCGCCUCCUGACGCUUUGCGGAAUCUGGUCAAUACCCUCCAAGCGCAGAAUCCUAAUCCAGGAUUUGUGUCAACUCCCAUGCCCAUGAACCAGGGCAUGAAUCCAGCCAUGAACCCGGGCAUGAAUCCGGCUAUGAAUCCGGCUAUGAACCCUAACAUGAAUCCAAACAUGAAUCCGGGCAUGAAUCCAGGCAUGAGUCCGGGUAUGAAUCCAGGCAUGAGCCCGAGCAUGAACCCAGCCAUGCAUCCUGGCAUGAAUCCCGCGAUGCACCCAGGCAUGAGUCCGGGCAUGAAUCCGGGUAUGAAUCCUGGCAUGAACCCAGCCAUGCACCCAGGCAUGAAUCCGGGUAUGAAUCCGGGUAUGAACCCAGGCAUGCAACCCAUGCAAAAUGUUCGAGGACAUAGCAUGGGGGCUCCAUCCCAGUUCGCCUCGCCGGCCAUGGCUCAUCUUGGUCUUCCCGGGCAGCAAGGCUCGCCUCAUCUGACUGGUUCAGCACAUGCGAGCCCAGCCCAAAGCAAUCUCGUCGGUCCCCCCGGGAUGCAACCGCCAAUGCAGCCAUCCCCAGCUGGUGUGAAUAACAGUCCAAAUGUAGGUGGCAAGCGUCGCCGGGCAAGCACCGUCAAAAUGGAGUCCGAGGAUGGUGGUGGAGUCGAAGCUAACGGCGCUCCGCAGCAGGGCUCAGCGAAAAUAAAGGCUAGCCCUCGGGUGCCGAAGCGACAAAAGGGCGCCGCCGCCUAA